UUAUAAAACUAAGGAAAAAAAAAAAAAAAAGAGAGAUGUGUUCGUGUUCCUGUUCGUGUAGCGGAGAUAACGUAGUUGGUUUCCGCGUGCUCGAGGUGGACGAGACAUAUAACCUCUAGAGAGAGAAAUAAAGAAAUAGAGACACAACAAACUCUAAAGCAGUUGAAAACGGAGAAGACGAGUAAAAACAGAACAGAAGCUUUAACUUUCAAAGAGAAUACACCAAAAUGUCGUUCCGUAGCAUAGUUCGUGAUGUAAGAGACAGUAUAGGAAGUCUAUCUCGACGUAGUUUCGACUUUAAAUUAAGCAGCCUGAACAAAGAAGGUGGUGGUAAGUCACGAGGUUCGGUACAAGACUGUCACGAGGAACAACAACAACAGCAACAACCUUUAGUGCUGGUUCAAGAAACUCCUUGGGCUAAUCUACCUCCUGAGCUGUUGAGAGAUGUGAUCAAAAGGCUGGAAGAGAGUGAGAGCGUGUGGCCUGCAAGGAGACAUGUGGUUGCUUGUGCUUCUGUUUGCAGGUCAUGGAGAGAUAUGUGUAAAGAGAUUGUUCAAAGGCCUGAGGUUUCUGGCAAAAUCACAUUUCCUGUUUCACUCAAACAGCCUGGACCAAGAGAUGCAACAAUGCAAUGCUUUAUCAAAAGGGAUAAAUCUAAUCUGACUUACCAUUUAUACCUUUGUCUCAGUCCUGCAUUGUUGGUUGAGAAUGGAAAGUUUCUUCUUUCGGCGAAACGCAUUAGAAGAACUACUUACACAGAGUAUGUCAUCUCAAUGAACGCAGACACCAUUUCAAGAUCAAGCAACACUUACAUUGGCAAGAUUAGGUCUAACUUUCUAGGGACAAAGUUCAUAAUAUACGACACACAACCUCCACACAACAACGUCAACAACAAAGCCACUCAAGCGGUUCAACCGUUAGGACUUAGCCGCAGGUUUUACUCAAAGAGAGUAUCACCUAAAGUCCCUACAUGUAGCUACAAAAUAGCACAAGUCUCUUACGAGCUAAACGUUCUUGGAACACGAGGUCCUAGGAGAAUGCACUGUGCUAUGCACUCUAUCCCCGCUUCUUCUCUUGCAGAUGGUGGAACCGUGCCUGGACAACAUGAGAUCCUUGUCCCACGCUCUAUUCUUGAUGAGUCUUUCCGCAGCAUUACAUCCUCAGCCUCCUCGUCUAGGAAGUUUAUUAGUGAUUACUCAGCUGAGUUUAACAGCGCGAGGUUUUCAGACAUUCUUGGCCCCUUGGGAGAAGACCAAGAAGCUGUGUUUGAAGAAGGGAAAGAGCGUGUUUCGCCGCCUCUUGUGCUUAAGAACAAGCCGCCUAGGUGGCAUGAACAGCUUCAGUGCUGGUGUUUGAACUUCAGAGGACGUGUGACCGUUGCAUCGGUUAAGAACUUUCAGCUUAUUGCAGCAAACCCACCACAGGCUCAACCUCAGGCUCAGACUCAAGCUGAUGGUCCGGACAAGAUCUUGUUGCAGUUUGGGAAAGUAGGGAAAGACAUGUUCACGAUGGACUUUAGGUAUCCGUUGUCAGCGUUUCAGGCUUUUGCUAUAUGUUUGAGCAGUUUCGAUACAAAACUUGCAUGCGAAUGAUAACAAAAGAAAGAAAGAAAGAACAAGAGACGGGUUUGUAUGUAAUAUUUAAUAUCAGAUGUGGUUUGUAUGAUUCAGGAGAUUCUCUUCUUGUGGUGUUUUUAUUUUUCACCUGAGAAUCUUAGAUAUUAGAUUUGUUUCAAGAAUCUCCAUUUGAUGAUUUAUUCUUAUCACUGCCUUAGGUUGUUUUAUUAAUGCAUCAAAAGAUAGUUUGUCCAAGUUUGAUUGGCAAAAGUGACAAAAACAAUAGUCUUUAAUCUUUUCAUAAAAAUGUAACAAUAAUUUUUUUUUUUUUUUUGCGCUACUUAUAAAAUGACAUGUAUAUGAUGAGUAUAUAACUCAUGAUUGU